AUGGCAUCAUGUAGGAGCGGUUGCUGCUGUGGCUCCGGUCCAAUAAACGAGGACAACGCGAGGUUCCUGCUGCUGGCGCUGUUCAUCAUCAUCUAUCUUCUGUGCGGAGCCGCAGUCUUCUCUGCGCUGGAGCAGCCGAAGGAACGCGAGGCGAAGGAGCGCUGGACGCAGAGGUUCGAGCGGUUCAGUCAGAGGUACAACCUGAGCGAGAGAGACCUGAAGAACUUCCUCAGGAGCUACGAGGAGGCGAACGUGGCAGGUAUCCGAGUGGACACAGUCAGACCUCGAUGGGACUUCACCGGCGCUUUUUACUUCGUGGGAACGGUGGUGUCAACCAUUGGGUUUGGGAUGACCACUCCUGCCACCAAUGGAGGAAAAGUCUUCCUGAUGUUCUACGGCCUGCUCGGCUGCGCAGCCACCAUCCUCUUCUUCAACCUCUUCCUGGAGCGCGUCAUCACCGUCAUCGCCUUGGUCCUCAAGUCCUGUCACGAACGACGCCAUAACAAAGCUGUGCUGCCUCCAAAUAGCCAGCGGGUCUCUGGGGCAAACCGGGGAGGUGGAGGAGCAAAAGGACAGGAUCUGGCUGGCUGGAAGCCUUCCGUCUACUGCGUCAUGCUCAUUCUUGGAGUGGCAGCCAUCUUGGUGUCCUGCUGUGCCUCGCUGAUGUACUCAGCAGCAGAGGGCUGGGGCUACCUGGACUCGCUCUACUUCUGCUUUGUGGCCUUCAGCACCAUCGGUUUUGGAGACAUGGUGAGCAGCCAGCGGGUCGCCUACGAGGGCCACGCCACGGCCGCAUAUAGGCUUGGCAACUUCUUCUUCAUCCUGACCGGCGUCUGCUGCAUCUACUCCCUCUUCAACGUCAUCUCCAUUGUCAUCAAGCAGGUCCUCAACUGGCUGCUGAGGAGGCUGGAGGCCCCCUGCCGCUGUUGUUUUCCCAGGAAGGGGCACCACCCGCACCGGCGACCCCGGCGAAACGUGGUGGCCCCGGGUCACCUGCGUGCCCGCAGGGACCCCUCCAUCGAGACAGACGCACUUAACGAAAGCGAGACUGACACUGGGCGCAGGAUGUCUGGGGAGAUGAUCUCCAUGAGGGACUUCCUGGCAGCCAACAAGGUGAAUCUGGCAAUUAUGCAGAAGCAGCUUUCCGAGAUGGCCAUCGGGCACCCACGCCAGUCCAGCUCCAGUUCACGCCAGAACGGGUUCUCAGGAGGGGUUGGCGCCCUUGGCAUCAUGAACAACCGGCUGGCAGAGACUAGCGUUGACAGAUAGGAAACAGCCUGAAUCCUUUUAAAAGAUUACAAAAGGCUGACAGGAUAAGACAUGUAUGGACAAAUUGACACUAAGGAAUGCCUUACUGGUUAACAGAUGACUUGGGUGGUGUACAAGACUGAAUUUAUGACUUAUUCACCUUUCCAUUGAAAAGCAGACUGACCUCCAGCAGCAACCCACUUCUCUGUCAAGAACAUGGCUACAUGAAUGAUGCAUGAUAGUUU